AUGUGGGCGCCGCGGCUGCGCGCGCUGCAGCUGCUGCUGCUGCUGCUGGGCGCGUGGUGGGCGCGCGCGGGCGCGCCGCGCUGCACCUACACCUUCGUGCUGCCGCAGCAGAAGUUCACGGGGGCGGAGCCCGCCGCCGCGCUGGCGCUGCUCGGGGAGCGCGUGCUCAACGCGUCGGCCGAGGCGCAGCGCGCCGCCGCCCGCUUCCACCAGCUGGACGUCAAGUUCCGCGAGCUGGCGCAGCUGGUGAGCCAGCAGAGCGGCCUGAUCGCCCGCCUGGAGCGCCUGUGCCCGGGGGGCGCGGGCGGACAGCAGCAGGUCCUGCCACCGCCCCUGGUGCCUGUGGUUCCAGUCAGUCUGGUGGGUGGCACCGAUGACAACAGCAGGAGGCUACAGCGAGCCCCAGAGCCCCAAAGAGAACAGACCCUGAGACAGCAGGGGCCCUUGGCCUCUCCCAUGCCCGCAGGGUACCCUGCUGUCCCCACCAAGCCAGCGGGCCCGUGGCAGGAUUGUGCGGAGGCCCACAGGGCAGGCCAUGAGCGGAACGGAGUGUAUGAGCUGCGACUAGGCCGGCAUGUGGUGUCGGCAUGGUGUGAGCAACAGCUGGAGGGUGGAGGCUGGACUGUGAUCCAGAGGCGACAAGAUGGUUCUGUCAACUUCUUCACUACCUGGCAGCACUACAAGGUGGGCUUUGGACAGCCUGAUGGGGAAUACUGGCUGGGUCUCGAACCUGUGCAUCAGCUGACCAGCCGUGGGGACCACGAGCUACUGGUGCUCCUGGAGGACUGGGGGGGCCGUGGGGCCCGCGCCCACUAUGAUGGUUUCUCCCUGGAGCCUGAGAGCGACCACUACCGUCUCCGGCUUGGCCAGUACCACGGAGAUGCUGGAGACUCUCUUUCCUGGCACAAUGACAAGCCUUUCAGCACCGUGGAUAGGGACCGAGACUCCUAUUCUGGUAACUGCGCCCUGUACCAGCGGGGAGGCUGGUGGUACCAUGCCUGUGCCCACUCCAACCUCAACGGUGUCUGGCACCGAGGUGGCCACUAUCGCAGCCGCUACCAGGACGGUGUCUACUGGGCCGAGUUUCGUGGUGGGGCUUACUCUCUCAAGAAGGCUGCCAUGCUGAUCCGGCCCCUGAGGCUGUGACCAUCGGUCCGUCUGUCCCCCAGGGACAUAUGUCAG